CGCUGCGUCUGUCCUGUGUACAUGGUCUCCACGCUGCGUCUGUCUAGUGUACACGGUAUCAACACUGCGUACCCUCACCACAACCGACUGGAGUACAUAGAUAGGUUAAGAUAGGUUUCGUUUGGUCAGUGUGAUACAAGACGUCACACUGAGUAUGGUUAGUUUAUUAUGAGACAUUGAAUACUCUUGCGUGGUCAUUCCUAUAAAGAGAUACAAGUUGCAUUUAUAAAAAGUGUAGUGUGGCAACUCCCUGGUGGUGGGGAGGUGAACUAUUAUAAGUAUAAACAAGGUAUAUUACUGUACAGUGCAGUGCAGUAUAUCCCACUCGUGUUAUGUUUACUGAACAAUUCAUCUCAUCAAAUUGACCGAACGAAAGUGAUUAAAAGAUACCCAUUUAGGCUGUGAUUAUCUCUAUACUCAGCUAAAAGCAAAACAAAAACAAUCUUCCUCACACGAGAAUAAAAUGCAUUUAUCCAUUCGGGAAACCCGGUUCUUGGGAUGACUCGAACGCAUUCACUAGAAAAAUACAUAGUCACGUUCAGGAGUGAUUAAAAAAAUAAAUUAUCACGUUCAAAAAUGAUUUAAAAAAUAUUAGAAACUUAAAUAAAAAAUCAAUUUCAGAAUUACCGAAAGUGAAAACAAAACGAUCCACUUAAAACGAGGUCAUUUGCUUCUUGACCAGCAUUCGAGGCAGUUUACGACUUUACGAGUUUACGCUCUUCCCAGUUGUGUGAGUGGCCAUCAGUGUACCGAGGGCGAGGGACAUCUCUCCGAACAGUGAGGAACAGAACCUAUGAGUAGUCCAUCCUUGGACAAGUCCAUUCUAGGAGAAACAAACCAUAGACAGAACUGGUUUAGGAGAAGUCCAUCCUGGGCAGAAGUCCGUCUUAGGAGGAGUCGGCCCUGGGAGAAAACAUGAGAGGAAGGAGAUGACUGUGCGCGGUUGUGUGAAGAUGAAUAGGAGUCUGUUAAGUCCUCCGAGACGGUCUGUCCUCCCCUUCCUCCUCGUGGCUACCAGCGCCUUCGUACUCUUCAUUUUCCACGGAUACACCUUAUCACUCCCUCCCCUGCCGAUCCAGCGGCGCGCGACACACACCACUAGGAGGACGAGCGACGCGGAGACCAGAGGAGACCAAGACAGAGAAGCAUGGCCCAGAAUCCUCUGCUUGAUAGUGACGUCACCACAGUACCACGAGGAGCGAGCCAUCCACGUGGCGGCCACCUGGGCCACCCACUGUACCCGCGCUGUCUUCCUCACCACCGCCAACCACACACUCCUCCCUGACACCCUCCUCACCCCUGGUGCUCCCGCCUACCACCAGCUCUGGGACAAGGUCACACAAGGGUUCCUCUGGGCUUACAAACAACAGCAGGAGUUCGACUGGGUAGUAAAGACUGACGAUGACACCUUCCUACUGGUGGAGAACCUUCGAGGGGCACUCUCCUCUCUUGAUCCUCACCAAUCUCUGGCCACUGGUGCUCUCCUCCGCACUGCAGACACUAACACGACCUUCCUCUCGGGAGGGGCGGGUUAUGUUCUCAGCCGCGGCGCCGUCGUCAGGCUGGUGGAGGAGGGACUGAAGGAUCAACAGUGCAGGAAGGCCCUCAAACUCGACUCCCGUGAGGACGUCAACAUGGGCCUCUGCCUCUCUCACGUAGGUGUGAAGCUUCUGGACUCGCGAGAUGCCUCUGGUCGACAAAGGUUUUACUUAUACCCGCCUCACAAGAUGGUCGACCCCCGCCAGACGGUCAAGAACCCCUGGCUCCAAGAGAAUUCCGUUUUUCCUCAUAAAUUCGGGUUCGCUGAGCUGAGUGAUGAGGUGAUUAGCUUCCACUACGUCGAUGCCCACACCAUAUACCUUCUCUACUAUCUCAUCUACUUCGUUAACCCCACCGUUUCCGCCUCCAUCUCCACAUUCCGUUUAGUCUCCGAGGUCCAACUCCACCCUCAGUCCCUUCCACCACCCACAAUUACGGUCACAGGCACCUCUACCCUCAGUCGUACUCAGGACCCACAGCCGCCACCCUAACGACACCACCUUCACGUUAGAUCCUACCACACGAAGUCACAACGGACGUCAGACAUCACUAAACAGGCUCAAGAACUCUUUCUGGCAAAGACUCCAUAAACAGUUCCAGGUAGGCUCUUGGAUUCUUUACAUACGAGACCUCUUAUUAUAGUAUUAAACAGGCUCUGAGAUGCUCGCCAAGUAAGCCUCCAACGCAGUUAGUCAUACAUCCUGCUCGUGGAAAAAAUUGACAAAGGAUGGUGACUUCUUUGAUUACAAUCUUCACCUACCACCAUAUAAUCAGAGGAUUUACUGGUUGAAUGUUAAAAAAAUGAAACACAUUUGAAUGAGUGAAGUUUAUGAGACUAAAAGAUCGGUGAGCUCUUUCAAGACAAGACUUGACCAACACUGGAGCGGGUUCAGGUACAUUCAGGAGCCGGUGCAUGCCCAGUGUUUGCCAACAGUGCGUGACAGAGACGUGACCGAUCGCCCAAGCGGCUAACAAGCCAAUCAGUGGCGAAGAGGAUAAAGGUAAUAUAGAUACUACUUUUUUUAUUGCAUACUUUUAAGGACUCACUCGAGAUCAUAAUUGUUUCAUAAUUAAACUCACUCAAAGGCUUUUAAAAAAAUAGUAAAUUUGUCUCAAUGAAAUGUAUCGAUAACAACUAAGAGCUGAACAUUGCACAAUGAUUGUAACUCCUCAGUAAUAUAAGGAAGGACCAGGAUCACCAGACGAACAUUAAUGAUUACUUGUAAAAUUCAUCACAAAAGAUGUAAUUGACUUCACAUCUCAGCUUAAUUGAAUUAUUCCUCUAUGAUAUAUGUCCCCUAAUAAUACUCCCUUAUAGAAUAAAGCACUAUUUACCACCUUACCUAAGUUACCUUAUGGCCACCCCAAGUAGAGGUAGUCAUGCCGAGGGAAGGAGACCAGUGUAGCACCCCUCCUUUUUUCUUAGUUUAAUCAAGGGCUAGGACAGGGCUAUUUUGAAGCUCGGUAUUAUUGGUGUGUUACCGGCUUGCUGAUAUACAGUACAUGACAUCCUGAACACAGUGACGUUGUGUCAGGAGGCGAUUCUUGCCCCACACUACCAUUUUCAAAGUAGCUGUGAUUGAUGCCGGCUACAACCCCAGCUGGUCUACAGCGCCCUGUACUACGACCUAGUUCUCGAAUUUGACCUUGGCCAUCACGACCCUCUUGUAUUGCAACUAAUGUAUUACUAUCCUGAGGCACUCCUGCAGGGGUAAGAGGGUUUUCCUCGGCGUUUUCAGUGAGUUUAGGAUCACGAUAAAAAAACAGACGUAAAUGAGUGAUGUAUUGAUUCUUUAAUAAAAUGAGUUUUAAUAUGUA